AUGGAUCCAAUGUAUCCUAGUCUUCUUCACUCCCUUUCCCCUCGGCCGAUGUACCCUUUAGGUCGAUCACUCAACCGUCCUCCUGAUCACCGCGGUCGAUUAAUUGACUCUUGGAGAGCGUCUUCCUCUAGUACCGACAAAAGGAAGAGUGUGUCUUGGGAUGAAGGAGUAGAGACCGUAGAAGAAGGGAUAAGAGUUUUUGUAGGGCAGAUGGAGGAUGAUACGCCUGUGAAGAAAAGGAAACUGCCCAUUGAUUCUUCGCCUCGGUCCUCACCUACUAGAAUUGCCAGGCAGAAUGGUCUUUCAGUGACUGUCGAAACUCUCGAGACUCUCGAGAUAGGUGGCACAAGCAUCAUGCCGCAAGUUUAUGGAAGCCAAAGUUACAGGGUCGAACGUUCACUUGAUCCCUGCUCUCUGCCCACACCUCGAACUAUCCCCCUUACCACCCAGUUGUCUUGUGAACCAACCGCCCAUACCGCUGCUCACACCGCUGCCCUAUUGCGCUUCUUCUCAGAAUCUGACAUCCAAACGGCUAUAUCGCUCCUUCCGUCAAUGCUAUCACCGGCAGAUAGGCAGUCAUUGGUCGAUCUGAAACAACACAUGUCGAGGAUGGACGGUGAGAGAUCGUAUCUUAGGACAAAGGUAACGUCUCUGGAGGACAAAGUCGAUUCGAAAUUCAAGGAGAUGAAAGACUUUGGAAUUAUUCAUGCGGGUGUAUCAAGCGAGCUCAAGAUUGUCAAGGAGAAAUACAGAAAACUCAAGGUCAUGUACGAGCAGAAGGAAGAGACGGUAUUGUCCCUGAACAAGUCAAUAGGAGAUAUGAAGGAUCGACAUGAGUCACGGAAGGAGGAAAUCGAAAGUAAACUUUUGGAAUUAGAAACCCAACAUGAAAAGGUACUUAGGGGGUUAAAUGAAAAGCACAAUUUGGAGAUAAAAAGGAAGCUGGAGGAGGUGGAUACUCGAUACACGAUGGACAUCGCCAUGCUCAAGUCGAGUCACAUGAUUGAUAUGAAAGAGUGGGAGAAUCAAGCUGAGAAUCUACUUGCGGAGAGGAACAUCGUCAGGAAAGAGCAGAAGAAGUUGUUAGAAAGGCAAGAAGCUUUGAUUCGAGAAGUAGAGAAACUGAGGAUGGACGAGAAUACCAAAUGGGAGGAAACCCAAAAGCUCGAACUAAAGCUUCUUGCCAAUCAAAGGGAGAUUACGAGCCUCAUUUGUCAGGUAGAGGAGCUAGGAUCAGUCGUGACAGUGAAAGAUGGAGAGGUGCACUGUCUGGAGAUCGAAAAGGAUGUUCUGGAGAAGUUGAUGAAGAAGAAACAAGAUGAGGUAGACAAACUCAAUAACAAUAUACACACGCUCAAAGGUCAUUUCGACAAUCAUCGACAAUUGAAUGACCAAUUGGCCAUCAGUCAUGAGUCGGUCCGCCAGGAGAAUGCCGCUCUUAAAGAAUGCAGAUCAACCCUUGAAGAUAGAAUUGUGAAGUUGGAAUCGGAGGCGAAACAAGAUCUGGAAAGGUCGACCACUACCCAGAGGGAGAUGAACGAACAAAUCCAUAUUGCUCAGAUCAAGAUCUCUUCCAUUGAAGAUGAAAAGAAGGCAUGGAUAGUACUCGCCGAGGAUCGUCAACGAGAUAAUAUAGAGUGGCAGAAGAAAGUGGACAGGCUUGAGAAACAACUUUCCGAAUCAGCCCCUACUGUAGCCAGAGGAUCAGUGAGGUCUGCGAAGGCAUCAGAACUGAUUAGGAAGGAAAAAUCGACUCUCGAGGAAGAACUGAAGGAACUUCAGAGUGAGCGAGUUUGGUUUUGGGAUGAACUCAACGGGUAUAAAGACAAAGAUGCUGCCGCAAAAGCGGAACUGUAUCAAAGUGAAGAUCGGAAUAGAAGACUUGAGAAGGAGCUAGGUGAGGCGAAGAUUUCAUGUGAUGAUCUUAAAGGUAGUCUUGAGCUUGCGGAGUUGAAGGCGCAAGAGGCUGAAGCUCAACUCGAACAACUAUCGGCAAAGGAUAUCACUUCAGAUAACACCAUUUCUUUGCUUCAAGAUCAGAUGGCAUCGUUACAGGCAAACGUGAAAAAACUUGAGAGAUGUAAGGUCGCUGUAGAGAAGGAAGAGAAAGAGAGGGAGUCGGGACUAGGCUCUAAACGACUAUUGACGGUUCAAUCACCUUCAACCCAUCUAUUCGAAAAGCGAAUGGCGAAUUCCGAGCAGAGAGUAACCAAUCUCCAGCUUCAGGUCGCGGGGAAAGAUGCAGAGAUCGAAAAGCUGAAGGAUCUGAAAAGGAGCUUGGAACGUAGAUGUAACUCUCUGGAUCAGUCGAACAAAGAUAGGGAUAGGAACAAAGAUAGGGAUAGGAGGUUGUAA